UACUGUAAAUAUAAAAUUUCUCGCAACUUCUGUGUGUUCACACUUUUCAUCGAACCUUAUCAAAGCCACGAAUGUUUAUAGAGGUAUUUUCGAAAAAUUUAGCCAUCAAGAAACCUGCCGGAACAGUACAGCAAUCGUGGAAGAGACGUCUGAAGCAGCCGAAGGAUGAAUGGACCGGACGGCCCAAGCAGCUGGGUGAUAGCCGCAGCAUGCUGCUUCAUCAACAUGAUGAUGUACGGCAUGACAAGGUUGUCUGGCGUGCUCUUCGUUGCGUCUGUACCCAGGUACGGAGUUAACAGAGAAUCGGCCUCCUUCCCCUACACGUUCGCCAAUUUUGUACGGAACACAGCAGGUCCGCUGGUGGGGUAUCUCGGCGAUAGGCUGGGUGUCAGGUUAGUGACCACAUUCGGAUGUCUACUGGCUGCCAUUGGAGUGGGCACCUGUUUUCUGGCCGAAAGCAUAGGAACUAUCACAGUACUCUGGGGAACAAUAUUUGGUCUUGGCUUUGGUUUAGGAAACAUCUUACUGCCUGUGAAGAUCAAUCAAUAUUUUGAUAAAUACAGGGCAACAGCAUCCGGAAUAUCCUUCUCUGGUGCAUGUUUGGGAUCCUUCAUUCUACCACCUAUCGUAGAAAUUCUGAUGGAUUUCUACGGCCUUUCUGGGACAUUCCUCAUCUUGGCUGGAUUUGUCCUUAACUGCGUGCCGGCGGCUCUCCUUUUACGAAAACCUGAUUGGCUAAAACAACCAACAAAACCUAUUCCUGAUUUCCAGGGAACCGAUGCAGAAAAGCAAUGCAUUAUAUCUGGGAAGAAAGUGAAACUUUACACCGUUGAAAACGACGCUGCCACUCUUCCUGCUCUUAACACAAAGAGCAAUGAAGCAAUGCAAAAACACCCAAACUCUGCUCCACCACUUACAUACGAUGAAAAAAUGAAGAGGUUGUCCACCGAAACUAUUUUUUCAAAUUACGCUGUUCGAAUGAGUACUCCAGAUGCACUGGAUUUCGAACAAAUAAUUGAAAAUGCCAAAGGCAGACGAAAAGUAGAUCAAAAUGCUGUCGAAAGCGAGAUCAGUAAUCCAACAGAAGUGAAUCCAACCUUUGCCAAAGACUAUCUGCCCAUACCAGAUGAAAAGACCACUCACGAUGUUUACAUAGUAACUAAACAAAGAACUUUGUCCGACGGUUCUGUUGUGCCUUUUCCUAUCCUCGAGUAUGAUCGUCCAUAUUCCAAAAGCUUCAAUGAACUUUAUGUCACAAAUGGUUACCAGACAAAUAUCGUUGAAGAUUAUAUGAAAAAGGAAUCCUACCCCACACCUUAUACGCCUGUAGCUGAAAGCUACUCUGGAGGUCUGGAGUCCUUUAACAUUAUUUAUGACCCAAUUUUCAUACUCAUAGCUAUCACCAAUGCUUUGUACUGCUUUAUGUUUGUCUGUGUGAUGACAGUUAUUGUGGAUUUCGCAAGAGAUAUCAAUGUUGGGUUGUCAAAUGAGAAGUACAUUCUUAUGUCCUUAUCCGUAGGAGAUCUUAUUGGUAGAUUAGGAUUGGGUUGGGUGACUGAUAACGGAUACAUGACUAGAAGUAAUUUCGCCGCCAUAUGCUUUCUAUUCCAGGGUAUAACAACCACUAUUAUAGCCUGGUCCACAGGAUUUCUCAUGCUGGUUACCUUAGCAGCGCUAUAUGGCAUGUCCGAAGCAGGUCUCAUUUGCAUCUUCCCCCUCAUCGUCGCUGAAUUCAUCGACGAAGACAAGCAAACUGUGGCGAUUCCAUGUACACAUUUCUUGGCGGGACCACUUUGUUUGACGGUGGCUCCUCUCAUUGGCUAUUUCCGGGAUGAUGGUGGUUCUUAUGCCUAUAUCUUCAUCGGAAUCGGAAUCGUAUCCGCAGCAUGCUGCAUCGCCUGGCUGUUGGCCCCCUGCAUCCUCAAGUGUAGAAAAAGGCUAAAAAGCUGAUGACUUACUCAGAGAGGGAAGAAGAUUCCUUGAUUUUAUAUUAAACAUUAAUUCUCAAGAUAUUGCUUUCAGGGAUGACCCUUGAAGGACAAGCAGCAACCAUUUCAAUAGAUCAACUAUGAUUCUCAUUGCGCGUUUAUCGGAAAUUUUAGGAAUUAUCCAUAGCUACUUGAAGGCGUGGAAUGGAUUUUUAUGUGAAAAAUAUUAUGUUAAGUUUAUUGAAGACUGUUAUAGUCUCGCGUGGUUUAUGGACAUUUAGAAAUAUUGAUGAAAUAAUAUAUCACAGUAAAUGUUCCUACUAAGGAAAAAUUGCCAAAGAGUGUUUUUAUAAAAGGAAUUGUUUAUAUUUUUAAGUUGUUUUAAAUUAAUUUUAUUUCGUUUGAGAGAAAAAAUAUUUGUAAUUUAUUUAUAUUUGAAAUUAUGUUCUGUGUCUCCGUUUGAAAUGUUUAUAAAAAAUUGCUCUUCUGUGAAAACUUUAUAUGUUUCGGAAUUCAUUGUAUUCAAUUACAAAUUUCGAAUAAAAUUUACUGUGCCUUUAUCUCUUAAUUUUUUGUUUACAAUUAAAAAUCGUUGAUUUAGUAUUGGUCAAGUGAUAAAAUUUAAAACUCACAAUAAUAAACUAUGCAAUCUAUUUGAUUACCAAAGAAACAUUGCAGACUAUUUUUAAAUAUCCCUCAACCUUUACUAAAUAAUGUAAAGAAUAGAUUUUAUUGAAUCUGGUAAACUGAAAUUCGAAAUCCCUAUCAUUCAAAAGUUUAUUAUUAUUUUCCAUAUUUCUAUAAGAGAUGGUGAUCUUAGUGAAAAACUGGGAUAGCAAAUAUUGUAACUUAAUGCAUUUAUCAUGAGCUUUUGAACCAAUCAUUAUACUGCAGAAGUUCAUAACUUAAUAUUUAAUAAAUGAUGAAAUAAAAUUAUGUUCGCUUAAAACUUCGAGUCCAGAUUUAAAAUAUUUUUAUCAAGAAAAAAUACUGCAUAGAGCCGUUCUUAUUAAAUUAACAGGAAAGACAGAAUCAUUGCGUUGUUCAGAUAAAUCCCAGUGUUUUAAUAAGAAUUUCUGUUUAAAUAUUUCGAAUACUAAUUUUUAUUUUGGAUUUUUUAACGAGUUUAGAGAUUGUAUAAUUGAAGAAAUCUAUUAAUAUCCCAGUUCACCAGCAUCCAAAACACUAUUUAAUAUUGUUAAAAAGCUUACUUCCUUGGUGAAAAUUUUGAAAAAUGUUUUUGCCUUUCUUUGUGUAGAGCCUGCAAAAUGUACCUGUUUCUAUUUUAUAUUGAAUGUUAGAUUUUUAUGUUUGUGUUAAUAGUGAAUGUAAUGAUAUAUAUAAAAUAUUGUGCUCAAAAGUGAAUGCUAGACGGUCUGUAAUCAU